AUCUCUCCUCCUUCUCCCAAGCAUCAUCAAUGGCAUUCUCUCUCUUCUCCUCCUCCUUCUUCUUCUUCUUCUUCUUCCUUCUUCACCUUCAAAGUGAACAGCACAACCUUCACAUUCACAAACAAGUGCGCAAACACAAUCUGGCCAGCAACUCUCUCCAACUCCGGCACCGCUCCACUCUCCACCACCGGCUUCAUCCUCCCUUCCGGCACAUCCCUCUCCAUCCAAGCCCCAACCGGCUGGUCCGGUCGUUUCUGGGCUCGAACAAGCUGCAGCACAACCCUCAACCACCUCACCUGCGCCACCGGCGACUGCGGAUCCGGCCAAAUCGAGUGUUCCGGCUCCGGCGCCACUCCUCCCGCAACCCUAGCCGAGUUCACCCUCGCUGGUCCAUCAUCCACAAAGGACUUCUACGAUGUCAGCCUCGUCGAUGGGUACAACAUUCCGAUGAUGGUUGUGGCGGCGAAUGGUGGGUGUGAAUCGACGGGGUGUGCCGUGGAUCUGAACAACCGUUGUCCGGCGGAGCUUAGGGUUGGAGAAGGGUGUAGGAGUGCUUGUGAAGCGUUUGGGAAAGAGGAGUAUUGUUGCAGUGGAGUGUAUGCAAACCCUAGUGUUUGUAAACCAACAGUGUAUUCAGAGAUGUUUAAGGCGGCGUGUCCAAGAUCUUAUAGUUAUGCAUUUGAUGAUCCUAGUUCUACUUUCACUUGUGAUGCUCCUGCUGAUUAUUCCAUCAUCUUUUGCCCUAAUCCUCUUGAUCCUUCUUCUUCUUCUUCUUUUGGUGAGGAUGAUGGUUCUUCAAGUCCCAGUCAGAAGUCAAGCAGAGAUGGCACCACUGAACCAACCACAAAAGGAGUGGUAUUAGAAGGUGGAGAAUCUUGGCUUGCAAACUUGGCCAUGGGUGAUGAUGCUCCAUCAUCAAGGAAAAAUUUUUCUAUUUUUCAUCAAUUUUUAUUAAUUUUCUUUUUAAUCUAUCUCUUGUUUUAAGUUUUAACACAUUUAAUAUUAGCCUUGCUAUUUUUGUUCCCCUGCUUAUCAUAUAUAUAUAUAUAUAUAUAGAUCUAGUUAAUGUUUUGUUCUUUGCUUGAUGAGCUCUUUAA